AUUUGGAGAAUUACAAAAAAUAGAUGGGUUUCUUAACAUUUCUUAACGCGUGAUUUCGUCAGAUUUUUCUUGAUUUCUUCAUUGACGAUUGCAUCAUUACACGUGAAGUCCGCACUUGGAUUAAAAAAAAUUGUGAAUUAAUAUUUUAUAAAUUGUUUGAAAAGUUAUUAAUUAAUUAACCAAUUAAAAUGUUGGCUGCAUCAAGAUUAUUGACACGCAAUUGCGUUGAAUUUUCUCAAGGAAAGAGAUGUUUUAGUGCAUUAGUUAAAAAUGUAAAUUCAACUGCAUACUAUGCACCCAACAACAACAACGAAGUUACUCAAUACAGAUAUAAAUCAGACAAAGUCAGUGGUAAUGUUAUAGGAAUUGACUUGGGUACAACAUUCUCCUGUGUAUCUGUUUGGGAAGGUGGUGCAGCUAAAGUUAUUGAAAAUUCCCAAGGCUCAAGAACAACACCAUCAUAUGUUGCCUUUGCUGAAGAUGGUACUCAACUUGUUGGUAUUCCAGCAAAACGUCAAGCCAUCACCAACCCACAAAACACAUUUUAUGCUACCAAAAGAUUGAUUGGACGUAAAUUCAAUGAUCCAGAGAUCCAAAAAGAAAUUAAAACAUUGUCAUAUAAAAUUGCUCCAGCAUCAAAUGGAGAUGCCUGGGUUCAAGAUAAAUCUGGCAAAUUACAUUCCCCAAGUCAAAUUGGAGCUGCUGUAUUAAGAAAAAUGAAAGAAACUGCUGAAGCAUAUUUACGUACACCAGUUAAAAAUGCAGUCAUCACAGUACCAGCUUAUUUCAAUGAUUCUCAACGUCAAGCAACCAAAGAUGCUGGUCAAAUUGCUGGUUUAAAUGUUCUCAGAGUUAUCAAUGAACCAACAGCAGCUGCUCUUGCCUAUGGCAUGGACAAAACAGAAGACAAAAUCAUUGCAGUCUAUGACUUGGGUGGUGGUACCUUUGAUAUCUCAGUUUUAGAAAUUCAAAAAGGUGUCUUUGAGGUCAAAUCAACAAAUGGUGAUACAUUCCUUGGUGGUGAAGACUUUGACAAUACUCUUGUUAAUUAUUUGGCCAGUGAAUUUAAAAAGGAUCAAGGAAUUGAUAUUACCAAGGAUCAACAAGCUAUGCAACGUCUCAAAGAAGCUGCUGAAAAAGCAAAGAUUGAAUUGUCUGAUGACUCACAGACUGACAUCAACUUGCCAUACUUGACCAUGGAUGCUACUGGCCCAAAACAUUUCAAUCUUAAACUUACAAGAAGCAAGUUUGAAGCACUUGUUGCUGAUUUGAUCAAGCGUACAAUUCAACCUUGCCAAAAAGCUAUCAGUGAUGCUGAAGUCAAUAAAUCUGAAAUUGGAGAAGUACUUCUUGUUGGUGGUAUGACAAGAGUACCAAAAGUUCAACAAACUGUACAAGAGAUCUUUGGUCGUCAACCAUCUAAGGCUGUAAAUCCUGAUGAAGCUGUUGCCAUUGGUGCUGCUGUCCAAGGUGGUGUUCUUGCUGGUGAUGUCACUGACGUUCUUCUUCUUGAUGUUACUCCACUUUCACUUGGUAUUGAAACACUUGGUGGUGUAUUCACAAAAUUGAUCACACGUAACACAACAAUUCCAACAAAAAAGAGUCAAGUCUUUUCAACAGCUGCUGAUGGACAAUCACAGGUUGAAAUCAAAGUACACCAAGGAGAACGUGAAAUGGCUGCUGACAAUAAAAUGUUGGGUCAAUUUUCAUUGAUUGGUAUUCCACCAGCACCAAGAGGUGUACCACAAAUUGAAGUUACAUUUGAUAUUGAUGCCAAUGGUAUUGUACAUGUAUCAGCUCGUGAUAAGGGUACUGGCAAAGAACAACAAAUAUCAAUUCAAUCCAGUGGUGGUUUAAGCAAAGAUGAAAUUGAAAACAUGGUCAGAAAUGCUGAAAAGAAUGCCAAAGAAGACAAAAUCAAGAGAGAUCGUGUCGAAGCUCUUAACCAAGCUGAAAGUAUUAUCAAUGAUACUGAAAGUAAAAUUGAAGAAUUUAGAUCACAAUUACCAGGUGAAGAGUGUGAUAAAUUAAAUGGUCUUGUUAGCAAACUCAAAGAAACACUUGCCAACAAAGACAACGCAGACCCAGAAGAAAUUAAAAAACAAACAAAUGAAUUACAACAAGCUAGUCUCAAGCUUUUCGAGAUGGCAUACAAAAAAAUGGCUGCUGAACGUGAAAGCAACCAAGCUAACCAAGGCAACCAAGAUCAACAACAACCAGAAGGUGAAAAGAAAGAAGAGAAGAAUUAAUAAUUAUCCAAGGCCUAGUUAAUUUUUUUUUUUACCAUUUAAAACUGAUGUCAACAUCUACAAUCAGAUAAUUUUUUUUUUUUUUUUAUAUUUAAAUUAAAAAUAUAAAAUUGUACAACUUUUAUAGUUGAACUCUUGUCAUGUUGACGAGUCAUACUGAUGAUUAACAUAUUACCUUACAA